AUGUACCGCAGGUUUAUAGCACCACUGCUGGCAGUCCUUUGCUUCUUACUUGUCGUUACGAGUCUCUAUCUUGGGCGCGAUCACCUUACCUGGCGCUCAGUUUCUUACACUCCUGUACAGAAAGGGGAGGUUGCGGACAGUUCCAGUCUAAAAUCAACGACAUCAGUUACGACAACAAGGGCUAAGAUUGAAGAGAGUCCGUCGCAUACGCCAACUCCAACAAUCUCAAACGGUACUAUACUGUCCGCUGAGCGUAUUUCACCUUACAUAGCAGUUAUACUGGACCCAUUAUCUACGGUCCUCCCUCGUCUUGAGUGUCCUGCUCUGAACGAAAAUCGUUACAAGAUCCUCCAAGAAUCUCGACAUGGAGAUGAGGUUGGAGAUUCACAAAUUGACUAUUUCUUUGCUCUCAAUUUGCGGAGCUGCAUUAACAUUCUCCCACGCCUGAUAGGUAGCAUCGUUGAAGCUGUUCGUUUCCUUGGACCUCAUCGCUGCGUGUUAUCUAUCGUUGAAGGAAACUCCCUUGACGGCACUUCCGAUAUUCUCUCAGCUCUAAGACCGUUCUUAGAAGACUUAGGACUGGUCUACUUCUACAACAGUUCCAAUAUCAACCCAGCACAAGGAAAUGCACGCAUCCAUAAGCUUGCCCAACUUCGCAACCUAGCCCUCACACCCCUUUACAAAGAGCAAGUAAAGGUUACAGACGAAACAACAGUACUUUUCAUCAAUGAUGUCUCCGCCUGCACAGAAGACCUUCUCGAACUCGCUCUUCAGCGACGCAGUCUCAACGCAGACAUGACAUGCGCCAUGGACUGGACUUACGUAGGACCGGACCCAACCUUUUACGAUAUUUGGAUAGCCCGUACCAUAGCAGGAGACUCCUUUUUCGAGGUCGGCUCCGACGGAAACUGGAAUUCAGCUUGGAACCUCUUCUGGAACACCCCUGGCACACGCUCACGUUACCACGCACAGCAGCCCUUUCAGGCCUUCGCCUGCUGGAACGGGGCUACAGCGUUUACUGCGGCGCCGUUAUUACAUGGUCUUCGGUUUCGAGAUACUCGCAAAGGAGAAUGUUUUCAAGGCGAGCCCCAAUUGUUUUGUAAGGAUAUGUGGUCCCGGGGUUUUCGCAAGAUUGCAGUUGUGCCGAGUGUGAAUCUUGAGUAUUCUGAUGAGAAGGCCUCAGAUAUCAAGAAGCUGAAGGGCUAUGUGUCGGACAUAGUUGAAAUACAGGAGGAAGAUGGCGCAAUAGAUUGGGCAUGCAAUCCACCAGAGCAGGUUAGAUGCAUGCCAACUUGGGAUAAACAGUCUUGGAGAGCCUGGAAUGAGACGCUAUAA